GAGACGGAGCGAGUGCGCAUCAGCUACAAAAGAGCGAAGAAAGCCCGCAGAGGAAAAUGAGCCCGACCAUCUCCGCCUGCUGCGUAUCUCUGCUGUUACUGCUUCACCUCGUAGGAGCCAAACCCGUUUCUGACCUCCAGAGUUUCAAGCAGCUUUUAGAAGAGGAGAUCAACACCUCGCCCUUACUCUCCACAGAGGAGACUGAGGGCAAAGACCUGAACACAGACAAGUCGGUGUUCGGAGCUCCAGAGGACGAGCCGUGGGACUCCUCUGACCCCAGUAACUCCGCGCUGGCCGUGAAAGAAAGCCCCCUUUCCCGCAUCUUCAAAGACCUCAUGCGGACCUCCAAGCGCUCAUGGAGCCGGUACAAGAAGGGCGGGCUGAGGAGCUGUUUCGGGGUCCGAUUGGAGAGGAUCGGUUCGUUCAGCGGACUGGGAUGCUGAAGCAGGUGGGGGCGACCACCCGAGAGCUGCGCUCCCCGCACACCCACCGGGCUUCACUGACACUUUAAAGGGCGGUUCAUUCAGACUCUGCUGUACAUGGUUCUAUUUCAAACUGUGAUUUCCUUUCAUAUGUGAGCUGUUAAAUUAUUCUAAAUG